ACUUGGGCGCCUUCCGCAUUGACCCGGCUGUCCUGAGCCGGAGCCCCAGCACCCAGCAAGCACCAUGCCCUCUGGGGAAUAAAGGCCGGCGGGAUGACGCCUAGGUGGCUGAGAGGAUGAUUUGUCCAUGUCGGCCAAGGAGGGGCCAGAAGUUUCUAUACAGAAGGGGAGGAUUCCAGCUGAGUUUCGAAUAAGUGGGAGUUGGGAGGUGCCGAGGGGCAAGAGACCAUUCAUUCCUUCAGAGGGAACAGAAUGUUCAAGACCUGCAGAUCCUUUCCAGGAGGUCAGUUAUGGGUGUGAGAGGCUUACAGGGAUUUGUGAGAAGUAGCUGCCCACAUAUAUGUAUGGUAGUAAAUUUCAAAGAGCUGGCAGAGCACCACCGAAGCAGGCAUCCUGGAGGGACUCCUACCAUUGUGGUCGAUGCCAUGUGUUGCCUCAGAUACUGGUACACGCCGGACUCUUGGAUCUGUGGUGGCCAGUGGCGGGAAUACUUUUCUUCUUUGCGAGAAUUUGUGAAAACUUUUACAGCUGUUGGCAUCAAGUUGGUAUUCUUCUUUGAUGGCAUGGUGGAGCAGUCCAAGAGAGACGAGUGGGUGAAACGAAGACUCAGGAACAACAGGGAGAUAGCCAAGAUCUUCCAUUAUAUCAAGUCCCACAGGGAGCAGCCUGGCAGAAACAUGUUCUUCAUCCCCUCAGGGCUGGCCAUAUUUACUCAGUUUGCUUUGAAGGCCCUGGGUCAGGAAACUCUGUGUUCGUUACAGGAGGCCGACUAUGAGGUGGCUUCCUAUGGCCUCCAGAACAACUGUCUUGGGAUUCUUGGAGAAGACACUGACUAUUUAAUUUAUGACACCUGUCCCUACUUUUCCAUCAGUGAGCUCUCCCUGGACAGUCUGGACACCAUCAUGCUCUGCCGAGAGAAGCUCUGUCAGAGCCUGGGUCUCAGCCUGUCUGACCUUCCUCUUCUGGCCUGCCUGCUUGGCAACGACAUCAUCCCAGAAGGCAUGUUCGAAAGCUUUCGUUACAAGUGCUUGUCUUCUUAUACCUCUGUGAAAGAGAACUUUGACAAAAAAGGUAACAUUAUCUUAGCUGUAGCGGACCACAUAUCUAAAGUUCUUCGGUUGCAUCAAGGUGAGAAGAAGCUGGAAGAGAUGUUACCUUUGGGGCCAAACAAAGCUCUUUUUUAUAAAGGAGUGGCAUCAUAUCUUUUGCCAGGACAGAAGUCUCCAUGGUUUUUCCAAAAACCUAAAGGUGUAGUAACUUUGGACAAUCAGGUACUAUCCAUGAGUUCAGAUCCUAAAUCCAAGCAAGAAGCUCCCGUGUGUACAGACCCUGAAUCCAAGCAGGAAGUUCCCAUGUGUACAGACCCUGAAUCCAAGCAAGAAGUCCUUUUGUAUACACACCCUGAAUCCAAACAAGAGGUUCCCGUGUACACAGACCCUGAAUCCAAACAAGAAGUUCCCAUGUGUACAGAUCCUGAAUCCAAGCAAGAAGUUCCCAUGUACACAGACCCUGAACCCAAGCAAGAAUUUCCCUUAUGUACACACCCUGAAUCCAGGCAAGAAGUUCUCUUAUGCACACACCCUGAAUCCAAGCGGAAAUUACCUGUAGGUAUGGACCCUGAAUUUAACCUAGAAGCACCCCUGUGUACAAACCCUGAAAUUAAACAAGAAGAUCUUGUAAAUAUGGGGCCUGAAGUCAAGCAACAAAUAACUAUGGUUCCGGAUCCUGAGAUCUUGAAGGUCGCCAGAGCACAUCACGUCCAGGCAGAGAGCUACUUGGUGUACAACGUCAUGAGCAGCGGGGAGGUCGAAUGCAGCAACAGUCUGGAGGAUGCGAUGGACCAAGCUCUGCCCAGCCAGGCCUUCGUCUACCGCCCAGUGCGGCAGCGGGUGUACUCCCUCUUGCUGGGGGAUAGCGAAGGUGGUGCCAGCGCCUGCCCCACUGUCAAGGAGUGGUUUGUGUACUCUGGGAACCCACUGAGGCAGCCGGACCUCGUCAGGCCUCUGCAGAUGAGCAUUCCAGGGGGAACGCCUAGUUUGAAGCUACUGUGGCUGAGCCAAGAGGCAGGACUACAGGCCCAGCGCUUGGACACACUCCUGGCCUGUUUUGACCUUUCCUCCUCGCGAGAAGAGCUGCAGGUGGUUGAGAGCCCCUUUCAAGCGUUGUGCUGCCUCCUGAUCUACCUCUUUGUGCAGGUGGACACCCUCUGUCUGGAGGAUCUACAUGCCUUCAUUGCACAGGCCCUGUGCCUCGAAGGAAAGACCACCAUGGAGCUUGCAGACUUGCAGCUCGACCACGUCGACCCCAGGGCCGUGCAGCUGGGUACCCUCCUGGUCCGCGGCCUCACCACCCUGGUGCUGGUCAACAGUGCCUGCGGCUUCCCCUGGAAAACGUCGGACUUCAUGCCCUGGAAUUUGUUCGACGGGAAGCUGUUUCAUCAGAAGUACCUGCAGUCUGAGAAAGGGUACACAGCAGAGGCGCUUGUGGAACAACACAGGUCCUGGCUCACCAGAUUCCAUGCCCUGAAGUCAGUCGUGUGCAAGGCCUGCAUGAAGGAGAACAGACCCAUCGUCAGCAGGCGGCACUGGCGUUCACACCACUCAGGGCGGAGGGGCCGACAGGGAUCCAGCGACCACAGGAUGAGCUCUGGGUACAGCCGGUCUGGCCAAGGACAGCACUGGAGGGACCAGGGGCCAGGAAGUAGACAGUAUGACCCUGACCAAUGGAGAAGAUACUAAUCAUCUUUUGGGCAGUGGGUAGAGAAGGGAGCCAGGAAGACAAGGCAGAACUGAAGACGCUCACGGAAAACCACCUGCGACACGUCGCCCAGAAGCAUCACUGCAGCUUCACCCCGAAUACAAGUAUCGUCCUAACAGUGAAUGUAAAUGCAGAGACGCUCGUGGGAGAGAAUAAGGGAGUGGAGAACUCAGCCACACUGCAGGAGUCCUCUGGUCGGCCGCACAGCAGAGGCCUCGCUGUCUGUCCAGAGCGCGUGGUUACAGCUCCUGCUUCAUUUUCACACAGCCCAGUGCACACUCCUGUCUUCAUACAGCUGUCCUUGAGUUAAAAACACGAUUUCACAGAAAGUUACUUUCUCACAGUGGUGGGCCCAGGCUUCUGACAUACAAGGAUCCUUGUAAAAUGCAUUGAUGUGUCCAUGGUACAGCUUUUAGGUUUUGAUUCCUUGUUUAAAUUUGUCAGAAAGGCCAUUUUGUCAGGAGUUAGAGUUUUCUACUGGUGAGUGGAAAUGACUGGUUUGUGGUGAGCAUUUUGCUCCUAGGAAUUAGCCAGACCUCAUCAUUAAAGGAGACACAUGCAAGAACCAGGGAAAAGCUGUGACCCAUCCAGGAGCGGGGCACCAGGGCCGCAUUCCAUGUGCUCUGUUCCUCGGCACUCUCCACAAGGUCCUCAGGGAAACCUGCAGCUGUACAGAUGGUCUGGUUGGGUUUGCCAUCUCUCUUCGUGUCAUAACGGUGAUCUGUGAUACAAGUUUGUGGUUUAUGCCAAAUAUAAAUGAUUAGUCUGUUACUAAUGAGAAAACA